AUGAGCGACAGCAUGCCGGAACAAACCAGCCUCUGGGCUCAGAAGGUGCUUGUCAACGAGACAGUCUCUGGCUUCGUCGGGACCGAUGUCGUCCUGCACUGCAACUUGGUCAAGAUCAAUCAUACAAGGAUCACACAGGUCACCUGGCAGAAGGCCACAAAUGGUUCCAAGCAAAAUGUGGCCAUCUACAACCCCAACAUGGGCGUCUCCAUCCUGCCCCCCUACGAGGAGCGAGUGGUCUUCCAGAGCCCCUCCAUCACAGAUGGGACCAUCAAGCUGUCCCAACUCCAGUUGGAUGAUGAAGGGAUCUACAUCUGUGAGUUUGCCACCUUCCCUACUGGCAACCGGGAAAACCAACUCAAUCUUACUGUGUUGGCCAAACCAGUGAACCGGAUGGAGGGCACCACCAGACCACUGAUUGCCAGGGCUGGCAUGACGGAGAAAAUCCUGGUGGCCACCUGUAUAUCCUCCAACGGGAAACCUCCCAGCACUGUGACCUGGGACACUAAGCUGAAAGGGGAGGCAGAAUUCCAGGAGAUCCGCAAUGAGAAUGGGACCAUCACAGUGAUCAGCCGCUACCGUCUUUUACCAAGCCGGGAGGCCCACCAACAGCAGCUGAAGUGUGUGGUCAACUACCAGUUGGAGCGGUUUACUGAGAGCAUGACCCUCAAUGUGUUGUAUGAACCUGAGGUUAGGAUUGAUGGUUUUGACAGCAACUGGUACCGCAACCGGAAGGAUGUGAAGCUGACAUGUAUAUCUGAUGCCAAUCCUCCUGCCACUGAGUACCAAUGGAAGCUGCUGAAUGGCUCGCUGCCUGACAGUGCAGAAAUUCAAAACAGCACUCUGUUCUUCAAGGGACCAGUCACAUACAGCCUGUCGGCGACAUACAUCUGCGAAGCCACCAACACCAUCGGCACCCGGUCUGGACAGGUGGAAGUGAAUGUCACAGAAUUCCCCUACACCCCGUCUCCACCGGGCACAUCCGUGGCACAGCCGACCAUCCCCACUGCCGUGAUUGGGGGCGUGGUGGGCGGAGCCUCGUUGGUCGUAGUGGUGGCCGUGGUCGUCCUUGUGGUGCUCCGCCACCGGCGCCACACAUUCAAGGGCGAUUACAGCACCAAGAAGCACGUCUACGGCAACGGGUACAGCAAAGCUGGCAUCCCUCAGCAUCACCCGCCCAUGGCCCAGAACCUCCAGUAUCCCGACGAUUCGGAUGAUGAGAAGAAGCCCGGCCCACUGGGCAGCAACAGCUACGAGGACGAAGACGACGAUGGCGCCGGGGCAGAGCGGAAACUGCGAGCCUGCCCCAACAAGUACGAGGAGGACUCCAAGCGGCCUUACUUCACGGUGGACGAGGGCGAAGCCCGCUCCGAAGCCUACAACGAACGGACACUUGGAUUCCAGUAUGACCCCGAGCAGCUGGACAUAGCCGAUAACAUGGUCUCUCAGAAUGACGGGUCUUUUAUUUCCAAAAAAGAGUGGUAUGUGUAGCUUGGUCCACCUUCUCCCCUCUCCUGCCCUCUCUUCACCUGCCACGUGCUGCCUCCGUGCCCCAGGGCUGGUGGCUGCUCUGCAUAGCCUGUGUGCCUUGUCACACACCCAGAGCCGCCCCCCAACACACACACACACACACAGACACCCAUCAGCUGGCGAGUGGGGCACAGAAUACAGAGACCCUACAGAAGCAAACAAGAACUUCCACUGGUUUGGGGGCAUUCCAGGAGAGGCAACGCAGGGGACUUGGGGGCCGGGGUGUUGCUUGGCUUCUUAAUUUUGUUUUCUUUGGGAGAGGUGAGGAAGGUUUCUCCUCCCCCACUUAAUUUCUCCAACUGAGUUUGGUCCCUUAAAGUGUCGUUUGUACUGAUCAGUGGUGGCUUUGAUGUUAAUACUUUAAUUAUUAUUGCCUGUCUUUGUAUAGUGUACGAAUCCCACCCCAUCCACACCUCCUGGUUGCAUCUUCAGGUGUCUCUUUGUCAGUCUUUGGGCUCCUCUCACCUCCCCCUUCAAAAACACUGGAAUUUGUUUAUUGUCUUAACGUUGGGGAGGGGAGAGGGCCAAAGGCACCGCCAUGGACUUUGGAAGGCAAGGUGGGGCUGGGCGCUGCAGAAACCGAAAGCACAAACGCACAGAGCUGGGGCCAAGAGCGCCCUUCAGACUACCUGGAUCUCUGUGCUUGCAUCUUCCUCUCAGCAUCUUCUGUUGCCAUUUCCCACAGCGCACUUAUGGUGGGAAGAGAAAUAUCACCUGCCUUUAUCAAUGACCACAAAAAGUAGACGCGACUUCAUCAUCAGAGGAACAUUUGGGGAAAGAAGCAAACAACAGAGUGCAUGAUAUCCAGGGAGGAGAAGCAUAAUAAGCGUGGGUCUUUUUUCGUUGUUUUGUUUUUAAUUACGAUUUUAAGAGAGAGGUACAGGGUCUGUCAAGAUUUGCAUGCCGCAUUAUCUCUUUUUUCCCCCAAGUUUGCUCCUGGCCCCAACAUUUCUGUUGAUGAGGAUCAACUUAGAUUCACUUUCCCAACUCCACUUCCUACCCAUUUCCCAUUCCUGGAAUUAUCAGUUAGCGAACAGACUAGCAAGAAGAUGCUUGUUCUCCUUCAUCAAGUCACAGUGUUUAUUGUUGGAAGUCUGCAAGGGAACUGGCAGAGCUCAACAGACUGAACAUUAGCUUUGUAGGCAUGCAGGAGGCUCCAAGUCCAGUCACUGGCUCUUCCAAUUAAAUAGCCUCAAGUGGCAAGCAAAGAGAGAUGUGUGUGAAACUAGAAAAUGUGUUUUUGUUUGGGGCUCAAAUCAAAACUGCUCUGCUGGAAUGCUUUGAGUUGGCCUGUAUGUUUGGAACAAAACUUGAAAUGGAUUGAAUGUUCCAUCAGAACAAAACUUGAAAAAAAGUGAGUGUUCUGUUGGAACAAAACUUGAAAUAUUUUAUGUGGUUGACCAUCAGAAACAGGAGGACCUACUGCUGCUUCUUUGUUUUUCAUUCCAGGACCAUAAAAUAAGUGGGCAGGUGGCCCACGCAGAAUGCUAUCUACCACCCCAAUUGUAGAAAAUUUGGCUAUGUGCAUGAUUUUUAUAGAGUGUCUUCAAUUUUUUUAAAUAAAUCUUUUGGGUUGCUCAGCCAACGGAUAACAGGACAAACAGAGCAACUCAAUUCCUUAACAUUCCUUUCCAUUAGUACAUCUUCUGUACAGGGUUUUCUUAAUGUUUUGAAAUGUUAAAACAUUUAAUGUUGAUGGAGAUUUUUUAAGAAAUCAGGACAGUGUCCAAUUUUCUGUUGGCACUGUUUUGGUUUGGGCUUUUUCAGUCUGCUAGCCAUGUCCAACUCUGACAACAUCAUCUGUCCUGAUGUUUUUGCUUGCAUAUAGAGGUAGCUGCUGUUGCAAAAAAAAAAAAAAAAAGCAGGGAGACUCAUUGCACUUCUUAAUUGCAUGAGCAGUGCAAGAGAGCAUGACAGAGUGUACCCAUACACCAAAAUUCAGCAGUUCCACCAAGCCAACGUUGUCCUAGCAGUGUUUGAAUUUAUACAAACUCAGCAGCAUUAGCAGCCCUUGGGUGUGAAGCAAACUAGUGUACAUGGACACAGAUACACACACACACGCACAUUUGCAUUACCUGCCUGCAAAAUAAAGCACAACACAGUGUUCAUGAAAGCCACCCAUUCUCCCAGCUGAACGCUAACCUCCCCGUAGCAAGAUUUAUUUAAAACAAAAAGCAUGAUCUUGCCAGGUAGUCUGGCAUUUCUGCAGCUGCAUGCAAGCUCCUUCUGUGUUAAAUUGCUUCUUUCCACUCAACACUUCAGUCCCUCAUCAGACUGUCCAUUCUAAAAUCAUAACAGCAGGGACAUGACCGGGUCCAGAUGCAGGGCUGGCUGGCUCCCUACUAAUCUACAGCAUGGAAUAAAAUGUCUGCAAUAAAAAAAUUAAUGGAGGAAUCUGGAUCAAAGUUUUGAUCUGCUCAGGAUCCAAAAUGAUAGAAACAUAUGUGGCUUCUGUAGGUUCAAUCCACCUGUCUGAGACUCCUGUUUUACAUGCACAGUAUACCAAAGCUGUAGGUUUGUAGUCCGGCAGAAGCAUCAGCCGAUUUAGUAAAAAUACAAGAUUCCUACUUGCUCUGGAAGAAUCCCUGCCUUCGUGUCCAUAUGUCCUAAAUCACCACAUGUUGCCUGCCUCCGGUCCUCCUCACUUUCCUCAGAUUUCACCGGAGAAGAGACUCAUUAGCUUCCCCAGAGUGCAGCUAAUAGUAUCCCCUUGAAGAUUUGGUACAGUAACCUCUUUAAGGUAUUCUUCAGAAUUUUGAUCAGUGUGAUAGGACCGGUGUUUUCAAAGCCUGGAGGGUGCGUUGAUUGGAAACCCAAUGGUUGGAGGAUAGUUACAGUUGCUAUAAGCUCAGGUGGUUAGCUAUUUUUUGGCACAUGGGAGUUGUCGUCCAAACUUUUGGAAGACAGCAAGGUUGCUCAGCCCUGAGAUAGCCCUUUGAGGUAGCCGUUCUCUUUCAGCUGUAAGUCUGCCUCCCCAGCCCUGACUUUUCCUCCCUGAAAAUGGUAGGAUGUUUGGGCCUUGUCAAGAAUCACCUAGACCAGUGUUUCUGGCUGGGGACUUCUGGGAGUGUUUCUGGCUGGGGACGUGUGGAAGUCCACACGUCUUCAAGCUGCCAAGGUUGAGACAUACUGACCUAAACUAAUUCCAUUUCCUUUGGACCAGUGGUGAGUUCUCUUCCCAUUGGCAAGAACUAGCCUCCCUCUAAUGGGCUUCCUUCCCUUUCUUUGAACAGGAUUUUUCAAAUGUCCUUGCUGAUCAAUCUCUCUGGGCACCAACUCAGCCCAUGACUUUUUAAGUUUCUUGACCCUGGGCCUCCUUGUACACCUUGGGGAGUCCUAGGGCCACUACGAGAGGAUCCUUUUAGAUAUCAAAGUAACCAUAUUUUCUGUGAUCAGGGUGCAUGAUCAUUUCAGCCUUACUACUUGUACAUGACAGGCUGGAGACAGACUCUUAGAGUCAUGCAUGCUUCUAAAAAAAAUCUGCAAAAUCUGAUUAAAGAGUCAAGGCAAGAAAUAUACGUCUCUCGACCAUGACCUAAUAUCGCCUUUGCUAUUUUGUUUUUAGACCAUUCUCUGUCUUUAGCUAUAAGAGAGAUGGGCUUGUAAAAGAGCAGGUUUUUAUGAAAAAACUGCAGGUAUGUGAGACUAAGAAAUGCCAACUGGUUUGGGUCACAGUCCUAUCAAAUGUUGCACAUGGCUUCCAUCAGUGGACACUGCUCCAAACUGCACAUUUGUUCACUGAAGGCCACCAUCCUCCCUCUGGAUUGUCAUCAGCAUUAGAGGGUCAGGUCCUGGGUAGACAUCUUCUUGGCAUGGAGAUUCUAUUUAAGUAUGAAGACUCUUAUUAGUUAUCUCUAGAGUGAUCUUCCACACGCGGCAAGACUCUGUUCUCAUUGGGGAGGGUAGGCAGUGCUUCAAACAUUAUGGGAGUCAACCAAAAUAGAACCCCAACUUUCCUUCUGGAUUGUAAUCCAGACCCAACAUUACUCCUGUUCCCAGUUUUUCUACCAAAUGAAGCUCUGUAUGGCAGACCACAUCUGGCUGGAAGAAAACAUGCCAGGUGUUUUGGGGAGGAAUUUAUGGGUGAGCUUUACCCAUCACAGUUCCCCCCAGCAAUUGGACUUCCCUUAUUUCACGAUGAGACCAAUUUCCUUUCUUCUCUUCUUUUUGAAUCAUUUCUUUUUUUAUUCCAGCAGUUUAAAAAAAAACAAAAAGAGAAGACAGCUAGAGUUCUCGUGGGGAGAAAAUGACCCCCACCAUAAGUGUUGAGGUUGGGUGAAAAUAAGAGAGUCUUGCUGGAAAAAGGCUUAGAUGGGGGUUUUAAACGGAGGUCUAGUUCAUUCUUUGGACAGAACAGGUUUGGGCUGUUAAUUAAUCCAAAUCACAGAAGGGUAAGGCCACUGAAAAAAUAUUUGGGGGGUGGGAUUAUGCACGAGAGCAGAGGAACUCUGCUCACACCACCAGUGAAAUUUGUCCAGAAAAUAGAGUGAGGUUUGAUCCUCAUUCUGGAUUUAUGAACCAAAAAUACAAGGUUACAGUGCAGGCAAAACUUCCUAUAAGGUCUUCUCUUGAAAGCAAAUGUGUACAUAGCGCUUUUCUGAGAUAAGAUAUCCAGGCAGUGCAAAUAAAUGCCACCAGAUAAUAAACUGCAUUAUUUUUAUUUCCUUUCUUUUCUAAAUUCCAAUGUAUUCCCUUCACUCAGAUGAGUCUCUCUAUACUUUAUCUGUCUCCUGCCCAUUCACCACAUUCCUGCUAUAAUAAACAUUGUGGCAUAAGAUAAAUAAAAAGGUCAAUUUUGGGGGGGGGGUGUUAUCUGUGUUGUAAGUGCUUUUUUGUAAAAAAAAAAAAAAGUGGAGACGAAGAAAAAUAUUAUAGAUAGUGUAAUGAACUGAACUUGCUUUCAUUAGUUGUUUUAUUUUUAAUUUUCCCCAUUCUUUGUAAUGAUUUCCUUUGUUCCUUUGUUUAAUUUUUUUUGUUUGUUUCGGGGGGAAAUGGAGGGAAUUUUCAUUUGGAGGCAGCACUCGCUUUACCUUCUUUUACUUGUAUAAAAUAAAAUUUUAAAAGAAAGAGAGAGAAGAAUAGUGGUUCAACUGUUGAAAGAAGUGUACUUUUUUAUAAAUAAAGAAUUUUAA